CGUCACCCAUCAGUUCUCGUGCCCUACCGAGCGUGCGUUCCAAGGAGGCUUCUCGCUUUCCUCACUUCAGGCGGAAAAUGGCGAAUUUUUGCGUACGGAGCUUCUCGCUCGGAGCUUUGCGCAACGUUAUGAGGUCAUCCCCGCGCCGGUUCUGUACCGCCACCCAGCAGAAGAGCGGCCACAGUUCAGAGGAGGCGGCCGCCGAAAAAAACGAGCAAAGCGUGACGGAGAACGUCCUGGCGGAAAAGACACAGCUGGAGGAGCAGCUCAAGGAGAUGACCGACAAGUACAAGCGGGCCUUGGCAGACACGGAGAACCUGCGGACCAGGAGUCAGAGGAUGGUUCAGGAUGCAAAGUUAUUCGGUAUCCAGAGCUUCUGCGAGGACCUGCUGGAGGUGGCCGACAUUUUGGAGAAGGCGAAGGAAAGCGUGCCCAAGGAGGAAGUGACGAGCCAAAACCCUCACCUGAAGAACCUCUACGACGGCCUGGUGAUGACCGAGGUCCAGAUCCAGAAGGUGUUCGCCAAGCACAACCUGGUCAGGCUCGACCCUCACGGCCACAAGUUCGACCCGUACGAGCACGAGGCGCUCUUCCACGCCCCCGCCGAGGGGAAAGAGCCCGGCACGGUCACCGCCGUGACCAAGGUGGGCUACAAGCUUCACGGGCGCACCCUCAGGCCGGCCUUGGUGGGCGUGGCCAAGGCCUCCUAAGGAAGCGGAGGACCGCGCGGGACAUUUUGGGAUUCCCGGCCACGAUUCUGACGAAAGCGCGCUCGCCGUCGCCGGACUGAACAUCACGAUAAACAGACGGACGAACUUUGGCUUUGGUCUCGUCUCGGAAGGACCGGAUCGGACCAGUUAGAAUGCGGCUUUCGCCUCAAAUGUCGCCCCCCCCCGCCCCCACCCCUGUCAUUUUAUGUUCAAAACCAGACAUUUAACUGAUGUAUGACUAAAACAAUAAAAAUGAGAAGACAAAAA